AUGAGUCAUCGCUACACACGGGCCUUCAUGCACGCACACUCGCGCGGGGCGGCUGUCAGUCCACUACAGCCCUUCGAUUUCUGCCGCCCCUUCAACAGGGCCAGAGCUUCGGGAGAGUUAGAGCUGGAGGAGGAAUGGGAUGGCCGUGAGGAGGGUCGGCGUUGCCCUCAGACUCACGGCGUUCUAUCGGACGAUACCAUCGUCGUAAGAGAACGUGCUCUAGAUGGCCCUCCGAAGUCAUUCACCGUCAUGCUCUCUAAUAUCAGCUGUCCCAGAGUCGCAAGGAAGCCUGGAGCAAAUGGUAAAGGCGGUGUUGAUGAAGCAUUCGGAUGGAUGGCUCGUGAAUUCGUAAGAGCGAAAGUCGUUGGAAAGGAGAUUUGCUAUGCAGUGGAGUCUGAGGUGUCCCCGGACCGAGUGUUCGGUUCCAUUUUCCUCAGACAACCUGGUGGAGUUCAGAACCUUGCUUAUCUGCUAGUGAGCGAGGGUCUUGCAAAAGUGAAAAAGGGCGGGCAGGCGUUAGUGCACCUCGAAAUGUAUCGUGGAGCCUGA